ACGAAUGGUUUUUUAAAAUGAAUUUCUGGGUAUGAAUAAUGCUUUUAAUAAAGCUGCAGUUGUGACAAUAAAGCAUAUGACAAUGUUAGCAGGUCUGAAUUUGAAUAAUGUGGAGGCUGUGGCGGAAAGACUUGGUAUUCAUUCUUUUCGAAAAGUUGGACAGUUUUUAAAAAGCUUUCAGGACUUAUUGAUGAAAAAAGAGAAAUUAAGACUUAAAAAAUUGGAUGGAAAGAUAUGAAUUGCCUGAGUCUACUGAUCUCUUUCCGAGUAUGGGAGUGAGACCGAGAAUGGAUGAAGAGGACUUUCAAGAUUUAUCAGGACUUUUCAAAAAUUAUGUUCGUUUUACUGUUUUUUAAUUCUGUAGGAGGGAAAAGUAUUUAUUCCUUUUGUGUUAAGGUGCUGAAUAAAGAAAAAAAAAUUGGUUUGACGCACCAUGGAGGAAAUAUCUGGAAGUAAAAGAUGAAAUAAUGCCAGUAUGGGAAGCAAUUUAUAAGCCACCAUUGACCAAAAAGGUUCGAGAUAUUCAGUGGAGAAUAUUGCAUGGUAUUGCGCACUGAAGGGAUCUCACUCCCUUUCUUGUUUACCACAGCUUCAUAAGAACUCCGACCCCAGCUUUCAGUGCAGCAGUGGAAUGCUGGUGCCUGAACUUUUGGAAGAUGAGUAGACUAGAAAGCUUCCAACAUAUUUCUCAGAGAUACAACUUAGAUAACAAAAACUUUUUCUGAUAUCUUCAAGUUAGACAUUACUCCAAUAAGAAUAUAAAAGAUGGGGAAGGUACGGGAUCCACAAUAGUACAAAUAUUUGUAGAUCCAUAUAAAAAGAAACUGAAUAAGAAAAUUGCAUCAAAAACUUAUUUAUGUUUAAUGUAAAACACAGAUGACAACUAAAAAUAACUGCAAGCAGCGAUGCGAUGGAAGAGAUGCUGAAGAAUGGGAAUUUAAGUAGACCGCAGGUGAUAGGUGUCAAGAUUGGAUAGGUACAAGUCAGGAACAGCUGACUGUCAGCUGAUGCAAGCGUGACUAACGUGGCCUGACUGAACUAACGUGAUGCUCGAUUUUGGUCUUAUCUUUCAUGUCUAGAUAUACUACAAGCUAGAGAAGAAUCUCUACAUCUCUUUUGCCUAUUGAUAUAUGGUUUAGGGUUGUUAGUGUUUUGUUUCUGUUUCUACAAGAAAGAAGUUGAUUCUGAGAAUCGAAGUGGCAAUGUUUUCCUCUUCUGAAUUUUUCAGCAUUAGAGCGCCACCCUUAGGCUGAACACACAGAGACACUAGACAUCUGCCUUACCUAAAUUAAUGUAGCCUGACUAUGUCAGACUUCGUACUUCUGCUCAAAGCGAAGUAGCAGAGUUUGGUAUUAUAGCAGGUUAUAACUUAUGGUCAGGACCCGCAGCAAUUUCCACUACUCUAAUUUCCACUAAUUUGCCCUAUUUAGUCAGUCUGGCCCCUGAUGUCUUAAUUUAAUAAGAUAACAAAAUCUAAGUGCCAUUUAUUUAAAAGAAAUAUAGCACUACCACACUCUUAAUUAUAUUCCAAGGGAAUGAAUGAAUGAAAAUUUAUAUUACCUUCAGUGCAAAGUAAGCUACUUUGGAUAAAAGCAUAUGCCAAAUGCAUUAAUGUAAAUAUACUGUCAAAAUCUAAAAUAAAAUUUUGUUACACUUGUGGUCAUGGUUAACUGACUUACAGCCAACCAUGAAAACAAUUACUUAUUAAAAGUCAUUGCAAAGAAAAGGGAAGUUAGCUGAGAAAAGACAAAGCAUCUUUUGUUUGUAGAUACCGUCUGGUUUGAUAUGGUGUUAUUUUGUGUGGUUUCAGUAUGCAGAUAUUUACAUACUGUAUAUGGUGAUAACAUAUGUGUUUUGUUUCCAGAGAAGUUUCUUUUUUCAUCUAAAUAAGUUUGAGGAUAUUCCUAUUACUCAUUCUUCGUUCAUUCUGAUCAGCCUUUGUUUCAUUAGUAAAGUAGUAAACUCACAUAGUAGGAAGUCUCACAACUGACUGAACACCGGAAAGUUUCGCUCUUAUUUUAAAGCUCAUGUUUCCUCCACAGACUGAGCUGAGAUAAAACUGAUUAUUUUGACAUCUCACUGUUUACAAGCAACAUAGCAGAGUUUGCUCUGUUGAUUUUUGUAACUUGUUGUUCUAUGCAUCUUGAUGUGUGUGUCAAAAUGUGCAGAGUGUCAGAAACUAUAUUUCACUGAAUUCAGAUGUGUUUUUUUUCAGCAGAGUAGACAUGAGAAAGGAAGGAUGUGGUGCAACUGUGAAAUUGUUGUUUGCAAACUCUUUAAAAAGUGUUUUUAAAUUUUUUUAAAAAUGUGUUACAAAUCUUAUGAGUAACAGACACCAUACAUGCAAACACCCAUACAUUAUGAGAUGGAGAGAUGUUUUCUACACUUAAGUUUCCGUUAUUUUGUCUUUUUAUGUUUAUUGCUCUUUCGUAUUAUUUCUGAUUAAAACUCAGAACCUCUGAGGCUCAGCAGGAAGUUUUUUUUCUCUUUCUUUUUCUCAUCAGUGUGACACUGAACUUCCGUUUCUACUAGGGAGUCAAUGCAGCUUCUGUCAUUUUGAGUUCUGUUUCUUUUAAAGGUUUUAAUCUUUUUAAUUUAGGAUCAUGUUACUAAAUCACUUAGUACUCUUAUUACUUAUUUUUCUUCUGACCUUCAAAACAGGGUUCAGUGCUGAGAUCUCUGUGUUUAUUCAGACGGGAGAUUUUGUUCAGCUGGAUAUACAGACACAAGAAGAGUUUGAAUUUUUAUACUGGAGUUAUGAUAAAUCAGAGAAUAUAGUUAGAUAUACAAGUGAAAAUAAAGGAGUUAAACUUUACCCUUCCUACAAGGACAGAGUGGAUUUCAAUGCUAAAACCUUCUCUCUGACACUGAAGAACACACAGAAGACAGACAGUGGACUCUACACAGCAAGAACAAGUGGAGAAUCAGACAAGAAUAUUGUUACAUACAGAUUAACUGUUAUAGAUGCUGUGGAGGCUCCUGUUCUGACUGUGAUCUCAAACCGGUCCAGCAGUGACUCCUGUACUGUGAACUUCACAUGCACAGCUCAUGAGUUCAAGAUUGACUCUAGCUAUCAGAACAACAGCUGCUUACGAGAGGAAGUGACAUCACAGAACAAAACUCUCAUCCUGGACUGCAGUGAGAAAUUCAUCAUCUGUAACAACAGCAACACUGUCAGCUGGAAAGAAGACAGAAUAAUCAUCACACAGCUCUGUGGCGAUAAUAAAAAGAACAACUCAAAGAAUGUCCAGACUGCUUCAUCUCUCCUGGGGCCAGUAGUUGCUCCGGUGGCAGUGCCAGUGAUCAUUCUGAUAAUAAUAUGUACUUCAGUCUUUCUGUACCGCAGGCAUAAAAAAAAGCAUGUGAGCCAGAAUGAAGUGCAAAGUUCAUCAGAAGCUACAGCAACAUGAGAUGGAGGUUUGGUACCCAGGACGAGGUAGUAGUUCUGUCUAUGCUCAAGAUGAGGUUCAAGUCCAAACACAAAAGGAAACUGGAGAUAAUCUACUCAACACAGCCUACAGCACAGUAGGACAACAGGAAAAUAACAAAAUCACCUAUGAAACAGACCAGACAAUUUAUUCAGAGGUGUGCAAACCAAACAAAAAACACCCACUGAUGACUCUUAAAAUAAAACUGUGGCACUUAAAAUAAAACAUGGGGAAACUGUCACAAGGCUUGAUCUCACAAUGGCAUCCCACUCUUAGUAAUUUUAAAUGGUAGAAAUAAUGAUAACAGUAUACAGUACUAGUAUGCUUUUCUGAAAUGAAUUAAAUUCAAGCAUCCAGAUCCAAA